AUGCACGAUGCAUAUAGAAAACAUGCUGCUGCCAUGGAGCCCAUCUUACACCAUGUACUCGAUCCAGACAAGAGACAGCAGCUUGCAACGCUGGUGGAGGACUACUAUGACCAGAACAUCGCAACCAUGACUCCGAGGAAUUUGAUUGUGCCGUAUGCCUUGCCAUGUCUGGAGAGAACCAUAGCUCGCCUCCAAUCGACUGUGGAUUCGGAACGCAUGGUAGAACUAGGAACGAUUAUUCUCACCGAGACUGUGAAGCCAGUCACAAUUGAUACAACCACGACACCGGAAUCGUGUAUGAACCUUUUCGCUGGCAAUGCCAUUCGCCUUGAGUAUUUGGGGAUUAUCUUUGCAAUUGCAUGCUGGGCCUCACUAACAGAAAUUGGACACGGCAAGAAACAGCAAGAAUUCAUUAGCCAUCUGCUCCGCUGCAGUUCUGCGUGCCUGCACAUUACCCGCCGCUUGGCUCCCAUGAACGACAUGUACAUGUGGCUCAACCAUCACCACUAUAUUCUCAUUGCCACCGAGCAAGGCCAUUCAUGUGAAGAAACGUGGAGCUGCCUGGGUGACGUUCUUGCAGACAUUACCAAGUUUGGCAUGUACAAAAACUCGUACACAACACUAAACACACCCUUUUUUCUAACGUAA